UGUAUCGUUUAUUUUCGGUGGUGGCGCGGGUUCAAAAUCGGAAGUGUACAAACAAAAUAGUGCAAAAAAAAGAUCACAAAAUCGGUAGGAAAUAAAAAAAUAAAACCAGCGGCAGUGGCAGUAGAGAAGACCGUGACGGGAAAAAUCGAAUUUUGGAUGAAAAUAAAACAACACAUGUAUAAAAACCGUUGAAAAGUGGAAAAUAAGAAGGAGCGGAGUUGCCAAGCCAAGUGGAACGCGCCAAAGAAUCAUCGAAAACGAUCGUGUGUUUAUGAGGAGGGGUUUGUGUGCAAUUAUCAAAGGUUAUUUGACAUCGCUCACUCGUCGAGUUGAUCGUGGUUGAUGUGCCAAAAUCAGCGAUUCGCAGCGAUUGAAGAAAACAAGAAUACAGGAAAAAAUCGGCCGUGAUCAAGAAAAGGUCUUGGAUUGAAAAGAGAAGAAGGAAAAAACUUGCAGAUUUGGCACAGAUGUAAACAAAAGAAAGGAAAAAAAGAGUGUUCGAAAAAGAAGAAAUUAAGUUAAAGUUGGUGGGUUCGCUUUGAGCGUGUACGGUGGUGUUUAGUGUGGCUACCGGCCGGAAGAUGUCCUCGUCGCCGCUGUUGACCAGCUACACUCUGCGCAUCCGGAGUGACACCAGUCCGGUGACGGCCACGGCCACUUUUACGGCCAACGGUGUACUGUGCAACAGCCCGGCCACCGUCGGGGAGUCGCUCAAGAAGCUGAGCCUGAACGACGCUUCGACGGCGAGCAACAACUCGGGCGAGUCGACGGAUCCGCUGGAGUCGGAUUUUAGCGGGGCCGAGGAGGAGGAGGAAGAGGACGAGGAGGAGGACGGUGGACGGCGGUUCAGGGUCAUACAAACGGACGACGACGACGAAGAAGAAGACGAGGAGGAGGAAGAAGAGGAAGCAAAAACAGUAAACCGCGCUAAGCGUUCGCAAUCCGAAGAGGACGACGAAGAGGAAGAAGAGGACGAGGACGAAGACAGUACAACAACCACAGACGACACCACCACAACUGGCAGAAACACAAACACCAACAACAGUGUCGUCCGGCGCAACAAUGCUCGAAGCCGAGACUCUUCUACUGACGAUGAUACUCGGAACAGCGACGCUAGCGACGAUGAUUCUGACGAUGUAUCUGAUCGGAAUAAUAAUAUCAGCGGAGUUCGUCGCAAACAACCGAAGGAGUAUGAUCUGGACGAUUUUCAGAUACUGAAAACUAUAGGAACCGGAACGUUUGGGCGGGUGUGCCUAUGUCGGGACAAAGUGACGGACAAGUACUGGGCCAUGAAGAUCCUCGCGAUGGCCGACGUGAUACGGUUGAAGCAGAUCGAGCACGUCAAGAACGAGAAGAACAUCCUGCACGAAAUCGACCAUCCGUUUAUCGUCAAUAUGCGAUGGCACGCCAAGGACGACUGCUGUCUGUACAUGCUGUUUGAGUACGUGAGCGGUGGCGAGCUGUUUUCGUACCUCCGGAACGCGGGUCGGUUUGACAACGGGACCGCAAACUUUUACGCGUGCGAAAUUGUGCUCGCGCUGGAGUACCUUCACCAGCUGCAGAUCGUCUAUCGGGACUUGAAGCCGGAGAACCUGCUGCUCGAUCGGGACGGUCAUCUGAAAAUCACCGACUUUGGGUUCGCCAAAAAGCUCAAGGACCGAACGUGGACGCUGUGCGGGACGCCGGAAUAUCUGGCACCGGAAAUCAUUCAGUCCAAGGGUCACAACAAGGCCGUUGAUUGGUGGGCAUUAGGCGUGCUGAUCUACGAGAUGGUCGUCGGAUAUCCACCCUUCUACGACGAUAAUCCGUUCGGCAUCUACGAGAAGAUCCUCAGCGGCAAGAUCGAGUGGUCGCGGCACAUCGAACCGAUCGCAAAGGACCUGGUCAAGAAGCUGCUGGUGCAGGACCGAACGAAGCGGCUGGGGAACAUGAAGAACGGAGCGGAAGACAUCAAAAGGCACCGAUGGUUCAAACACCUCGACUGGGACGUGGUGAUAAACAAGAAACUGAAGCCUCCAAUCGUGCCAAAGUUCGUGUUCGAGGGCGACACCAGCAAUUUUGACGACUACCCGGAGACGGACUGGAAGUCGGCCCGCUCGCUGGACAAGGUCGAGAUGCAGCUGUUUGAAGAUUUCUAAAUAUUUUAAAAA